CCGGCCAGACUGUGGGCGCCACGCUCCUUCACUUGAGGGCCUUUGACCAACCACACCUGCCAACCGCUCCACCACACAGCGGGCGAGUCCCCCGCUGGCCACGCCCCGCGGGAUCCCGCCUCGGGGCCUGGUAAGACAGCUCGGCCCCACGGACGGACGAUUGAUUACCCACCCUGGUGAGUGGCCGGGCGUUCGCCCUCGAGCCGGUUGGCGUUCCCACCCGGGCGCCGCCACCAACCUCCCGCGGGCGGCGGCUUUCUCGGGGCCGGCCCACCACGUCCGUGCUGGCUGGCUGGGGCGCCGGCACCUGUCCCCCGCUGCACCCCGGCGAGAGGCGCGGGCGGCCAGGAGUUUGGCGACUGGAGGGUGCGGGUGGACAAGAAGGCAGCCACCCAGCCACGGGUCACCUGCCCUGACCGAAAUGCCCGUCAGGGCAAAAUUUGGACCGGCUCCUGGCUUCCUCGGGCGACAGCGGGCAUGGCGGUCUGGUGAGCCUGGGCCGGCACAGAACGUGCCGGGGCCUGGGGAUACCGCAUCGACCUCCACCCGCGGUGUGCACACACGCGCACGCCCCCGCCGGCUGCAGGACGCCCAGGGCCCACCAUCCAUCCCCGCAGCCUCCUUCACGGUCCCACCAAGCAGCAACUCACGGAAGGCGGUGGCCACUGUCACGAGGUUGCACGGAGUUGCCUUCCCACACGCAUUUCGCGUCCAUGGAGGCCGCCAGGUACCUCGACCGCACACCAAACGCCGGACCGUCGGACCAGAACUCACCUCUCCCACGAGUGGCCUCCUACCGGCCCACGGCUGCCGUGGGGCGCAGGAAGGACUCCAAAUGACUCCCAGUGGCCCUGUGCUCACCGCUCUCGAAUGCCCGGUCCUGCCGUCCAUCCGGUUCCUCCAUCCCGCCACGACGGCCCGCCACACCGAACGCACAGGCGCCUGGCCGAUUGUCACCUCUGCAACGACACAAGCGCCUGGUACUGGCCGCAGACCCUCCGUUCUCAGUCGUCUCCUUUUUCGGUGUCGCGGACUUUGCCCGAACACCGCCGGUGAGAACGGCAAGCCCACGUGUGCCGUCAGGGGCGGAUUUCCGGCAGCGGUCCGGUGGUCGAGAGAAGUGGGGUCAGUGGCAGGUUGCUGCCAAAGCCUGGGCGUCCGCUUGGAAGCCGAGAGAAGUUCCAGCCGCUAGAAGACUGACUGGACUGUCUGAACUCUCUGCUCCGUGGCUUUGGGCGGAGGC